AUGGGCAAUGGCAUCACCAAGAACCCAUGCUUCUCCGGCGACCCGUACGCCGCCGCCAUCGUGUCGGACCCUUUCCCUGACGACAGCCAGGGUCACUCCUUCACCUACGUGCCAUCGGGCGCCGCCUUCGACCAGCCCACGACGGCUGCCGCGAUGUCGUCGGAGUCGUCGUUCUUCUCUCUGUCUGGCGCCGCCAUCAGCGCCAAUCAAGUGACGUCGGCGUCCAUGCCUUCGUUCCGUCUUUAUAAUGGAAUGACGUGGCCGCUGUCGAUCGCGUGCAUGUUCGAGAGCUCACAGUCCUUGACCGCCGUUCCACUCCAGGCGGCGCCACCUCGGCUCUCCAUGUCAGGGCCGGUCCAGUUCACGUCUGGCCGGUUCUCCGAGACAUCAGGCUCGGCGUCCACCACCACAGACUCACCAUUCAUGUCGGGUCCACUUGACCAAUCCUCGGCCGCCUCCUCGUCCGUGGCCGUGGGGGUCCAACCGAGCGUUUCUCAGCUCAUCGCUGAGCGCCGUGCCGCGCGCUCCCGUCUCCGUGACGAGCGAUCCCUGCUACGGUUUUUCGUGAGGACCGCCUCCAAACUCCAGCUCGGGUCGCCGCACUAUGGCCGUGGGCCACAGGAACAUCCUGCUGAGCCGAUAAAGGUCUCCUUCAGCGAUGGGGACUACCGCUCACCGCCGAACGACAAUGUGGAGUGGGCUCAGGGCAUGGCCGGCGAGGACCGGUUCCACAUCGCGGUGUCCGAGGAGCACGGUUGGGUGUUCGUCGGAAUCUACGACGGUUUCAAUGGGCCCGACGCGACCGAUUACCUCUUCGCCAACCGCUACAUCGCCGUCCACAACGAGCUCAAAGGCGUGCUCUGGGACGACAUCCAAACAGGCGACGGCGCCAGGUGCGGCAACAACGCCACGACGCCAGUGCACCGCGACGUCCUGAGGGCGCUGGCGCGGGCACUGAAGAAGACGGAGGAGGAAUUCUUCGCGGCGGCGGAGGAACGCGCGGCCGAUAGCCCGGAGCUGGGGCUGAUGGGCUCCUGUGUGCUCGUCAUGGUGAUGAAGGGCAAGGACAUUUACGUGAUGAACGUCGGGGACAGCCGCGCCGUGCUGGCGCGGAGGCCGGAGCCCGACCUGAAGAACGUCCUCGGCAAGGCGUCGCAGGACCUGCAGCAGUUCAAGGCCGAGAUCAUGCGCGAGCUGCAGGCGCACGACAUAGACGGCCUGCAGGCCGUGCAGCUCACCGCAGAGCACAGCACCGCGGUCCAGGAGGAGGUGAUGAGGAUCAAGGGCCAGCAUCUGAAUGAUCGGCACGCCAUAGUCAAUGGCCGGGUCAAGGGGAAGAUCAACGUCACCAGAGCGUUUGGGGUCGCCUACCUGAAGCAGUCUAGGACUAGAACUGUGACUGCGAGUAACCAAUCAUAUAGUUCCCAACCCAAGUCGAACAGCAGGCUUCUGGAAGCCUUCAGGAUCAACUACGUCGGCACGGACCCGUACGUGACCUGCGCGCCGUCGCGGUGCCACCACCGCAUCGUCGGCUCGCAGGACAAGUUCCUGGCGCUGUCCUCCGACGGGCUGUACCAGUACUUCACCAACAAGGAGGUGGUGGACCAGGUGGAGGCGUUCACCGCCGCGGAGCCCGACGGCGACCCCGCGCAGCACCUCGUCGGGGAGCUCGUGCACCGCGCCGCGAGGAAGGCCGGCAUGGAGACGCGCCAGCUGCUGGAGAUCCCGCGCGGCGCGAGGAGGCACUACCACCACGACGUCUCCGUCAUCGUCAUCUCGUUCCAGGGACGGAUCUGGAGGUCGUCUGUCUAG